AUUCUCAUCACCUACAAACAAGAACAGCAGCCAUGAGUGACACGGAAGGGAAGACCACGGAGCACAGAGCAUCCCGCUCCCGCACCAAGUCACCUGCUGAAAGUGCUGCUCGUGCAAAAUCUGAAAGUCGUUCUCGCAGUGGGUCAAAAGCUUCAAAGCGGUCAGAGUCUCAUUCCCGCUCAAGGUCAAAGUCUCGAUCGCGGUCCAGAAGACGUUCACACAGACGAUAUUCCCGCUCCAAGUCUCGGUCCCGCUCACACAGAAGACGAUCAAAGAGCAGAUCAUACUCUCCAGAAUAUAAGAGGAGGAGGAGCCGCAGUCACUCUCCAAUGUCUAAUAGGAGGCGGCAUAAUGGUAGCCGGGCAAACCCAGAUCCGAACAAUUGUGUUGGUGUCUUCGGCUUGAGCUUGUACACAUCUGAGAGAGAUCUGAGAGAGGUGUUUUCCCGUUAUGGUCCCCUUGCUGCUGUCAAUGUAGUGUAUGAUCAACGGACUGGACGGUCGAGAGGAUUUGCAUUUGUUUAUUUUGAACGAAUUGAAGAUUCCAGAGCGGCAAUGGAGCAUGCAAAUGGCAUGGAAUUGGAUGGCCGAAGGAUUCGUGUAGACUAUUCAAUAACAAAGCGAGCACACACCCCCACCCCAGGCAUUUACAUGGGACGGCCCACUCACAGUAGCAGUGGACGUCGUAGAGAUUAUGACAGAGGGCAUGAACGUGGCUAUGACAAAUAUGAGGAAUAUGACUACAGAUCUUACAGCAGGAGACGUUCACCCUCCCCAUACUACAGCCGAUACAGAUCUAGGUCAAGGUCCCGCUCAUACAGUCCAAGACGUUACUGAAGAUAUGAAGAUGGUU